AUGGCAGUCCAGUGCUACAUUAUUCCUCUUAGAGACCGACGUAAGUCCUACACCAAUAUUGCCAGAAUCAGAUUCCAUAGACAGGACCUUCCCCAUGAAGUAGAUAUUGGAGGAGUGUCCUGCCUUGUCCGAUCAUAUCGACCCCUUCCCCGUCAAUGUCUGAAAUGUUGGAGUUUUGGCCACCAAGCCCCUCCUAUCCCCAAUCCCUUGCUAGGGGUUGUCGUGGAGACGGGGACCGAGGCCCAAUGCCUUUCAAAUGACUCUGCUCAGUCUCGCACGUGUGCCAAUUGUGGUGGAUUCCAUACCUCGAAUCUGAGGUAG